AUGGCGAACCAAGAUUGCCUUGAAUUGCGGGAUAAUCAAAAUUAUUGGAAAAAAGAGCGCGAGAGUAUGGAUGAGGUCGCUUUCUUGGAAUAUAAACGAAAUUUUGAGGCUAAAAUGAAGGUUCCUAUUACUCCAUACAAAAAAGACUGCUCUUUGGCCCUCAUUGAAUAUGC